AGUUGGCAUUGUGCUCAAAAAGCGUGCCGUCGACACCAACCGAACCGGCAGUGCAAACCUCGAGAAGAAUGGGUCGGUCCACUGGAUGUUCCGGCUUCAAUGUUCUUCCAAGGACACGCAUUUCAACGAUCCAUUCUUCCUGGUAUGACGUUUUUCACUUUGGUGUGCGCCCUCCAUUUUGUUCCACACUUUGCGCUUUCGAAUGUGAAGCAAGAAGAUGGAGAAGACUCGAUCAAGAUCGGAGGCAUUGUCUCCGAUUGUCAGGAAGCUGAGGGGCUGUUCUUUGUCCAGUCCAUCAGAGAAAGGCGUCGACAGGUGGAAGAUGCGCCUUUUGCCUCAUUGGUGGGUGAGUCUUCCCAAGAGUCACCGAGUGGCAUCAAGACAGUCUUGCAAAUCCAAAAGGUGAUGGCCCUUGCUCAGACGAAAGUGCAGACAAAGGUGGGAGAGGCUCCGUAUUUCAUUAUAGCUGUUGCUGUGGCCGGCUUCACUUUGUCUCUUCUCAGCAUUUGCGUUUCCUUGAUAUUUGUCAAAGGAGUAGCUCAGGAUACAAGGCGGGAGGGGCUACCAAAUGCAUCAGCACUGUUGCAACACCGAUUACGGGCCAUGGGAAUCGGGCAGCCGAAGUGGCAUCAGAACCAUCAUGACGUUGCCCCGUCAAAGACGUGGCACUUCCCGGCACAAGAUCGAGCAGGCCAUGUGCAAAUUGUGGUGCACCAACCCCUGGAAGGGGGCAAAGUGGGCCUGAACCUUUCCGAAGACGAUUUGGUGGUGAACAAUUUUGGUGAUUUUCGCGCCUGUGACUUUGGAUUUCAAAUUGGGGACCGCAUCGUUCAGGUCAACGCAAUUCCCGUCUUCAAAGAGUCAGACUUUCGAUUUGUGAUGCAGGACGCUCUUCGUCGACACGAAGAUUCCGGCGAGCCGAUUCUGUUUGAAGUCAUCCGCGCCCCAAAGCCCAUGGCAAUGCCUGCAGGAUGCGAUGCAUAUCCAGCAACUUCGCCUGCAGUCAUGAGAACGAUGCUUCCGAAGCAUCCGGACUUUGAGGACAUCACUGGAGAAUGGUGCUAUGGCAAGACUGGCGAUGCUGAUCGAUUUUCAUACUCGGUCCGCAAGGUGGGUGAGGCUUUGAGCUUUGAGCAAGUCUUGCCGAAUGGGCAGAAGGUGGCCGGCAUGCUGACUCCAGAGGAUCCACAGAGCCCUUGGCUGAGGAGCGAGUUGCGGAGUUCUCAGGGCUUGUUCGGGGAGCUACGGAUUCAUUUUGAUCCAGAUGAGCAGGUCUUGGUGAGUCAAGUUCGGCCUGCUGGCCGACAAAAAUGGGGCGACGAACGAGUCGCCAAACGGGUGGCAAGAGAAUGAGAUCAGGACGUGCCCCACAAUGCACCACAGCACCGUGCAAAGGAAAUAG